AAGUGAUGAUUUACUUUGAAAAAAGCGUUUGACGUAACUCCAAAAAUUUUUAGCGAUGUAUUUAUCAUGAUCAAUUGUGUCAGAAGUAUUUGUUUGUAGAAUGUUUGUCUUGAGCUUCUUUCGAAUAAGUCCAGAUACGUAUUUAAUUUCAAGAAUGGGGGCUUUAGAAUAUUUAAGAGCCUUUAAUUGUUUUUUCAAGCUUUUAAUUGAGUGGUCCUUGUAUUUUGUAGACAGGUCUUUGUUGCAGUUUUCAAUCACACCACAUGUGUCCCUAAAAUGAUCAUAAAUCGAAUCCAUCAUCAACCUGGUAACGUUAUCAACUGAUGACUCAUUUAUGGACACAUCUACAAGUGCAGAUUGAAAAUACGAGUUGGCGAGUAACCAUUCAUUGUCAGAACUAGGUAGGCGAAUUCCUGGCUUUAUUUCAAAAUAUUCCUCAAGAGGCACAUCAGGGUUGUCAUUGGUAUCCAGAUCAUCAUCAGUCACAAUUUCAUGCAGUUGCUCUUCGCCAAGCCCUUUCAAAACCUUACAAUUUCUCUGAUGAAUGCGGAGGCCUUUGAUCCCUUUGCAGGACUUGCCACAGCAGCACUUAACACAUUGUUGACUGUUCAAAACAACAGAAUUUGAUCUGGUGUUAAUCAAUGGAAUGUUAAUUGCUCCAUCGGGUCCAGUAUCUUUGCUGUGAAUCUGUCGUUUACAGCGCCAUUGAUGUCGGCCUAACGUAACAAAGUCCUUUCCACAAAACGAACAAAUGGUAAAUAGAAUGAGAAUUGAGAUAAUAUAAGAUCGAACCAUGUCUUUCCAAAGUCCUUUAACCGUUAUUGAUCGAUUGACUGAAACAAUUUAUAGAAACAAAUAAAUCCAGGCUUGAUAAAUGAAGUUAAACCGGAGCCGUGUACAGCAGCGUCCGCACGCGACCGCUCUACGACUAUCAUAAUAAUAAUAAUAAUAACAAUAAUAAUAAUACCUUUUUACUGUUAGUUUGACAAUAGUGUGAACACUAAUAAACACUAACAUGAAGCAAUUUAAGAGAUUGCAUUAUGGAAGUCAUUGACUGCCAGCGUUACAGGCGCAUUGAUUUUCGAAAUACCAACAUUUUAUAAGAACUUUGAAUUGAUUUGCCUUUUUGGAUGAUUUCACUCAGGGUUGCCAUUUGGCCGUUUUGACGGCCAUAACAAAGAAAAUGAAAAAUUAAGCAUAGAAAAUAUUCAACUUUUUGUUAAAAUAAUCUCAAAGUUACGAAUAACGAAUCAAGAACCAAAUUAAAAGAUAGCAGAAAAUUGAGAUUGACAGAAUGUGGGAGCUUUCGUAACAAACAAAGCCACUUUUGAUUACACUUUUAUUCCACGGAAUUGGCAAAAAUAUAGAUUUUUUAUAUUUUUUUGGCUGGCCGAAUUUGGCCGUCAAACGUGAAGUAUUUGGCCGCCAACCAUUCCAAGCAUCUGGUAACCCUGAUUUUGCUUCAUUUGAAAGAGAAUUCCAAAUCUUUGGGCCUAAAUAGCUAAUAGAUUUGAUACCAUAACUUGUAGUUUUAACCUAGGGCACAGAUAGAGUAUCAAUUCUUCGAAGAUUAUAGUUAAUGGGUCUUGGCAGAAAAUGUCCUCAUGAAGGCUGGAUUCAAGUUGUGCAAAUUAAUUGUUUCUUGCUGUUUAAUUGCAGCAAGGAAAUUUCACGAAUGUCUGUGGGUGGAUUCAUUGAAGCAAUGUGUUCGCAGAUAGAAGACAAAGUUCGUCACAAAAGUGAUCUGAAGUUUGUGCUUUAUUCCGGACACGAUAUGACAAUGAUGACAAUGUUGUAUGUGCUUGGCGUCUAUGACUUUAAAUGGCCUAAAUAUGCAGCUGAUGUCAAACUUGAGCUCUACCAAGACAAGAAUCAAGACUGGUUUGUGAAGCUUCUUUACAACGACAAGGAUUUGACCCUGCCAGGGUGUGGAACGCCUGUUUGUCCUCUUUCAAGGUUUUUGGAACUUUGUGAGCCAUAUCGUGUGAAAGACUGGUAUGCAGAAUGUGGCAUCAAAGGAGAAGGGGUAAAAGAGAAUGUCCCUACUGGUAUUAUGUAAACAACAACUGCCAUUAUGAGCCCCAAUGGUAUCAAUAUUAAAUCUGGCGUGCAUACUGCAAAGUACUUUGAACGGCAAUACCAUCACGUACAUUACAUCUUAUGAAUGAAGGACAAUACUUUUUGGAGACUCUUCUCAAGCUUUCUUUGAAAACACAUCUUUUUAGAUAUCCUUAGAAGCACAUCUGUUUUGUAGAUCGAUUUUAGUCCCAAUUGUUCUUUAUAACAAGCUAAGGGGAGGGACAGGCAAAAAGAAUGAUUUUCCUGAGAAAAUUUUAAAAUCCUGUUUUCAAAAUGUACAAGAAGAUGCCUUUCCCAAAAAAUUUCCAAAAAAUUCGCAGGCCCAUGAAUACGUAAAAGAUGGAUCACACCUUUGAAGAUAUAGUCAGAACAAAGGCUUACUGGAGCCCUCCUCCACACAGAUCUUUUUAUAUGGGUUCCUUUACUCACAACGUGCUGAAAUAUAUAGCGUAAAGCUAAGUACAUUAUAAAUUACGUGAUUAAGAGGCUGUUUGGUGUAUAGAACAGGACAGCUCUAGGUUCUGAGUUUCACGCUUAAAGCCUGAUUACCACUAGGCGAAUUCUUUCACACGAAUCGAAUAAAGAUUCAUGGCGAUAAAGUAGGAGCGUGAUCUACUUUCUACGAAUCGAAUUUUUUCGCUGUGAAAAUUGAGAACAUGACACCACGCAUGCUCAUUCUGGAAAAAAUUCGAUUCGCGCGAAAGAAUUCACCUCGUGGAAAUCAGCCUCAAUGCAAUCAUCAGGUGACAGUUGAUUAAGAGGCUAGUUAUGAAAAGGAGGAUACUCCAAUUACACUGAUUAAAAGGCUGUUUGGUGUAUAAA